AUGCAGAAGCUCCGCCGAGUUACGUGUGACUUGAUGAGUUACGGUGGAAAAGUUGGUCAUGCUGCUUGUGCUGCCAAUUGUUUGAGUAUGGGCAAAGCUGGUGGAAGGUGUAAUGACGGCACUUGCCAAUGUCGCAAGACGUCAUUCAAAGAUCUAUGGAAUAAGAGAUUUGGUUGA